AUGAUUACAGAAGUAUGUGAAGAUGGUAAAGACUGUGUGCAGAACUCCACAACAGUAGAAAGCCUAACUGCAGUAAAAGUAGCAACUGAAAACAGUGAGGAGGGCAACAGUCAUAUCAUUCCUCAAAGAAAUUCAGUCAAAGCUUUAUCAGAAGAGGCAUGGGACUCAGGGUUUACGGAGAACUUGGCUAGAACUGCUGACAAAGAGAAUGCUUUACAGUGUAGCUCAAAAAUGCCUUUGCACCAGGAUUUAGAGGCAGAUGAACAAGAUGGAAGGUCAAAACAAGAGAACCAUCUUCACUCACUAGGAAGAAACAAGGUGAGUUACCAUUUGUAUCCCAGUGAUAAGGGCCAAUAUGAUCAUUCCAAAGAUGGUUGGUUAACCCCCAGCCCUAUGCCAGUUGUGCACAAAGCAUCUAAUGGACAUUCACGCACCAAGCCAGUGCCAGCCUCCAUCAAGACUGCUCGGAAAAGUAAAAGGGCAUCCGGACUGAGGAUAAACGAUUAUGAUAACCAGUGUGAUGUCGUUUAUAUCAGUCAACCAAUAACAGAAUGCCACUUUGAGAAUCAAAGAUCAGUAUUAUCAUCUCGGAAAACAGCCAGAAAGAGUACUCGAGGAUACUUUUUCAACGGUGAUUGUUGUGAGCUGCCAACUGUUCGCACAUUGGCAAGAAAUUUAUAUUCCCAGGAAAAAGCAGGUUGCUCAGUGUUGGCAUCAGAGGCACUGGUUACUCCCAAGCAAACCUUUGCACCUUCACCCCCUAGACCUACAGCAGAUGUGCACCUUCCUACAGAAGACAGUCCUGAAGAACCUGGUAAGGAACUAAUCUCCCUUAAAGAAAGAGGCAGAAACACGCCAACUGAAAAGGAAGCAGAAGAAGCUGAGAACGUGAUGGAUGAACCGAAUGAGAGCAGUUCUCCUAGAUCAAAGGAAAUGGUAGCCUCCAGCCUGCUAUGUCCUCUCCCGGCUCACAUCCCUGAAGAGGACAUGCCAAAAAGCAGCUCCCCUGUUAACACUGUCUCAGCAUGUAGACUAUUUCCUGAGCAAGAUCAACAACCACAGGAACACCUAGAUACAGAGAAGGUGAGUGCUGUCCAAGACUGGCAUCUUGUUCCCUCUGCUGAGAGCAUUUCUGAGGGAAGCCGUGAAGAAGUUCUUUGUUCUCUUAAAACAGUCAUUACAGAGCAAAGUCCUGUUUGCUUAGAAACUCAAAGGUUCCCAGUUGACUUCGAGCCACCUGUGAGUCAGGGUAAGGCUAAAGAUAAUGUAAGUCCUGAGGCUGAGACAAACAUCAGCCCUGGGGUAAAGAUUAAAGACACUCAGGAGCUCAGUGCUCACCUGCUCUUGAGAGGAGACAAUGUCUUUAUAAAAGAAAAUCCCAGUGAAAUUGAGGAAAGUGAGGCAGCAGAUGAUAAGGGAAAAUUAGAAGGGAGUGAUGUCAGGCAUCCGUUAGAACAAGAUAUGUGUGAUCAAAACAUUGAUUCUCCUGAAGAACAUUUGGACAAGAAGAAAAAAAGUAAAAAAUUCCCUGAGGCCUCUGAUAGGUGCCUAAGAAGUCAACUUUCAGACUCUUCCUCUUCUGAUAGGUACCUAAGAAAUCAAAGUUCAGACUCUCCAUCAGCUUAUCCUGAGAUCAAGGUUUCUAAAAAUUCUCCUGCAAAACGUGUUAAAAAAGAAGGAUGUCUGGGUGGGUCCCUGCCUGACGACUUUCUGAUGGGCAGUUACCACACAAAAGCUCGAGAGGAUACUGAAAACCUAAAUGAUGAAAAUCCCUUUGCUAAAUAUAUGGAGCAGGAGAGUGAUGGGGGCGGGAUCAUCACCAGGCAGACUUUUAAGAACAUGCUGGCAAAAGAAGUCAAGGUGGAAAAAAGUGACAUUGUCCCUGGCAGUGAUCCCUUAGCCCCUGUUGGCCAGCCCCUGCCUGGAGAGAGCCUAGAAAUCUGUGUGCAGUCUAAGUUAAGUGUGCAAACUGCUCACGCCCCCCCUGACAGUAUCCCUCCUAAGAGGGAGCCAGAACCCUCACAGGAGAAGCCGGGACAUAGUCCUAUUCAGGAUGUGGAGGAAGUCGUGAAUGAGGGAGACAGUGGAAGUCCUCUGCGUCAAGGUGAUGGUGAUGAUGCAGCACCAUCCAGCUCAUGUGCGUUAUCAAGCAGUAGAAACGAUACUGCCGGGUCACCAAAACCGACACUGAGGCCGAGAAGACUGACUUCUUCCACCUACAACCUAAGACACGCACAUUCCCUAGACUCUUUGGACACUACAAAAGUGGCUUUGGACAAGGAAGCAACGCUAGUCAUCAACCCAACACCAAAGGAAAGCGACGCAUCAGAAGGCAGAGAUGCCUUAGAAGAGGACGAUGUAGACACAACGGUGGAGGAGCAACCAAAGUUUGUGGAGUGGUGUGCUGAGGAGGAGAACCAAGAGCUCAUUGCCAACUUCAAUGCCCAGUACAUGAAAGUUCAGAAGGGCUGGAUCCAGUUGGAGAAAGAAGGACAGCCAACCCCAAGAGCAAGGAACAAGUCUGAUAAGUUGAAGGAGAUUUGGAAAAGCAAGAAAAGGUCACGGAAGUGUCGAGGUUCGUUAGAAGGCCAAAAGUUUUCUCCUGUUCAGAUGUUGUUUAUGACAAACUUUAAAUUAUCAAAUGUUUGUAAAUGGUUCUUAGAAACAACUGAAACUCGAUCGCUUGUCAUUACAAAGAAGCUCAAUACUCGUCUGCCAGGAGACACUCCACCUGCUAAGCAUCCUCUUCAGAAAUACUCUCCUUCCAGCCUGUACCCAAGUUCACUACAGGCUGAACGUUUGAAAAAACACUUAAAGAAAUUCCCUGGAGCUACUCCUAUUAGGAAUAAUUGGAAAACACAGAAGCUCUUGGCUAAGUUUCGAGAGAAUCCUGUCCACAUGGAGACAGAGGAGGGCAGUGAAGCCAGCCUCAACCCUAACUCUGAAGGCAGCAUAGAGGAGGUCAAGGAAGAAAGAAACAGCCAUGCUCCUACGAACUUGCCAACACCAGCCAGUACUCGAAUCCUUAGAAAAUAUUCCAACAUUCGAGGAAAGCUCAGAGCCCAACAGAAUUUCCUCAAGAAUGAGAAAGUAGAAUGCCCACUUGGUGCAGCUGCGGACAGUAAGCAAAGCCGUAAGAGUGUGUGCAUCAACCCUCUGAUGUCCCCCAAGCUGGCCCUGCAGGUGGAUGCCGAUGGGUUUCCAGUCAAACCCAAGACCACGGAGGGAGGGAAGGGGAGGAAAGGGAAGCAGAGCCCAGAAAGUGUGCCUAAAGCAGAAGUUCAGAACAAAAGAAAAAGAACAGAAGGCAGCUCUCAGGACAAAGCUCUUCCCUCCAAUAAGGACAAGGGACUAGCAGGGAAAGGCAGCAGAGAAAAACAGCUUGAUGGAUCCACCAAAACCCUUGCCACCAAGAAGCCAGCUGCAAAAGACAAAAUCAGCCAAUUGCCCAAAAAGAUCUCUUUGAAAGAAAACAAAGUGAAGAUCCCUAAAAAGUCCUCCGGGAAGGGCUGCCCUCCCUCCAGGAAAGAAAAAGAGAACACCAACAAAAGGCCCACUCAGACCCCCGUCUCAGAAACUCUGACUAAACCUGUAAAGCAUAAAGGAGUUGGUGAGCCCCCUUCAAAGCCUCCAAAAUACAGGAACAGGAAGCAGAGCAGUGGAAAGACUCAGGCCAGACCCCUGAUGAAAAGCCCAGAAAACAAUGCUGCCCAGAGAAAGCGAAAGCUGGAGGCGAAGCUGGACCCUUCCCAUAGCAAGCGGAGACGGUUGGACACAAAGUGA